AUGUGGUAUGAGCAGAUCUAUUCUGGAGCUGUAACGAUGGCCUUUAUUGUUGGUGCGCUUUACGUGAGCGGUCCCUUAAAUUACCUGGACACUGCUCGACUUUAUAGACGGAACACGGCCAACGAACCAAGGUAAGUUUAUGUUAUUCAUGUGAAUUUAAUGUUUAGGGACGUAAUCGAUGUUUGAUUUUAUUAUCGAGCGGUUAAUGCGGUCGUAGGUAGUUAAAGUAAUGUCUUUUUCGUUGCUUUUACGAAAGUGUAAAAAGUAUAGUGGAUAGUAAUGUUUUUUAAUUUUUUGAGUAGAGUUCACUGUUCACAAGGGGGGUUCAUCACAUUGUUUUUUUGCUUAUGGUUAAAACCAGGGACGUCGUUUGGGGGACGUCCCUGGUUAAAACAAUAUUGAAACAACACACCUAUGUUUAUGACCAGAGUUUUUGUGUUUUUUUUAGGUUUAUAGUAACUUUAAUUUGUCUAACUAGUGACUGUGCUAAGUUUUUGAAUUUAAAUUUUUGUUUUAUACCUAAAAGUUAAAUGUUUUAUAAAUUUCAGCUAUUAACUUCAUAUUAUUGAUAUAUCUUUUAUUAAUUAACGUGGAAAAUAUAGAAAAAUAACCAUAAACAUAUUUUUUACGAAACAAUAAUCGGUACAGGCACUAUGAUACUUGUGAAUAUAACAAAUGACUAGAUAUUAACAAUGAAACAAUAAUUUGCAGAAUUUCCAUCACCAAGCGUGACCACAAUCUCACUGGAAACUACUACGUCAUUAGUGGUCUGGAGUCAAUCCCCGACGAAUAG